AUGUUUAAUGAGGACGACGACUGGAAUGACGCUGCCGAAGUCCUCAGCCAAAGUGUUGAGAAAAAGAAGCCAAACAGCGCCAAGGUAAAGUCCAAAAAUGUGGGAAAGAAGAGCCUCCUGCGGACGCUGCAGACAUUAGGAUCAAUACCAGACUGGAAGAACGAAGACCAGCGUCAGAUUGACAGUGACAGUGACACCGCAGUCGCCAUGCAACACACCAAGAAGAAGAAAAAGAAAUCCAGAAAAAAGCGGACAAAAAAAGGGACAACCACAGCAGGAGUUCAGAGCAACAACGUGGAUGUCAAGAAGGAGCAAAAAGUGACCAAGAAGAAGAAAGUGGAAAAGAAAAUUGGUGUUCCAAAUGAUAAACAUGCACCUGCAGAAGCUGUGGUGGGAAAAGAAACCCCACCGAAACCAGCCGGCGAUGCCCCGAAACUGAGCCGACAGCAGUGGAAAAACAAAAUGAAGAACAAGAGGAAAUGCAAAAACAAAUUCCGCCAGGACAAACUUGAAAACAAAGUCGAAAAGGCCGGUGAACUUCUCCCGUCAACGUGUUCCAUCCCCAACGGAGGCGGACCGGUGGAAGUGCGGCAUGAGAAAAAAAUGCCACAGAAAAGGAAAAAGACUGUUGACGAUCAAUCACCGUUACCAUUAAAAACAGCCAAGAAGGAAGGGGAACAAACACUCAACGGUUCGAAACAUGGAGCAGACAAUUCCCGCGCAAAUCGACUAAAAGGCGAGCUGUGCAAAGCCGAGAAGCUGAAACGAGACCGUCUCCGGAAGCUUCUCCAGCAAGUGAGUCCCGAGGAGCCUGAAGAGGAGGUGCAGUCUGUUCCAGAAGAGAACGAAGAAGUGAAAGAAGACCGUUCGACCUUGUUGCGUUUACGCAUGGAGCAGCGUCUGGAGUCCGCUCGCUUCCGCUACAUCAACGAGCUCCUUUACAGCAGCACCAGCGGCGAGGCCAAGCGCAUGUUCAAGCAGGACCCGCAGGCCUUCCAGAUCUACCACAAAGGCUACACGGCGCAGGUGAGCCGUUGGCCCACCAACCCCGUGGAUGCCAUCAUAUCCUACAUUAAAAAUAAACCUGCCUCACUGGUGGUGGCCGAUUUUGGCUGCGGCGACUGUAAGAUAGCACGUAGCGUCAAAAACAAAGUACACAGCUUCGACCUGGUGGCGACCUGCGACCUGGUGACUGUUUGUGACAUGGCCAAGGUCCCGCUAGAGGACAGGUCAGUAAGCAUCGCCGUCUUCUGCCUCUCCCUCAUGGGAACCAACCUGGCAGAGUUCCUCGCCGAGGCCAACCGUGUGUUGAAACGAGGCGGCGUAUUGAAAAUUGCCGAGGUGGCAAGCCGAUUCGAAAACGUGCGGAAUUUCAUUAACGCACUGGCCAGACUGGGAUUUAAGAUGGUGUCAAAGGAUACAGACAACACUCAUUUUUUCUCUUUCGAAUUCAUGAAGACGGGCGACGCGCCAGCAAACGUGAAAAAGUUCGGCUUGCAACUAAAGGCCUGCUUGUACAAGAAGAGAUGA